GCGGAUUACAGUAACCAAAGACGGUUCUUCCCCCACUUUCCAUUUCUGUAAUUCCUUCCUUAUAUAUUUGCACUUGGAGCUCAAGUUCUUCUGCUUUCUUUUUUUUUUUUUUUUUUGCUUAUAUUUGGAGUUCUUCUGCUUUCUUAUCAAACUAAUUAACACGAGAGACCAUUCAGAGGUUAAAUAUUUAGAUUCAGUAUCGUGUUCUACACGGAUUGAUUCUUCUUUUGUAUUCCAAUGGAUUACGCAAGAACCGAGUCGUUGCAAGCUAGUCUAGAUUCAGAGCAAGAAGGAUCAACGAUAUCUGAAUCUGGAAGCUGUGAUGCUUAUGAUCAUCAACCAAGACCGUCUUUCGCCGAGGAAUACGGGCUUGUGGAGCUGCUCGAAGGCGACAAGGCUUACGAUCUAAUCUACCGAAACUGUAAGUCUGGGCUUGGUGGAGACCAAUGCCAGCUCCUCUCCAUCCUCAGAAACGGGUUUGGAACCCUCGGGGCUCGUGCAAAGCUCAAGUCCUUCCAGGUUUUUCAAGAGGCGGUGGAGAUGAAACACGUCGGUGAAGAAGGCGGCGGCGUGGGGAGCAGAGUCAAAUACGGUUGGUGCGCCGUCACGAAAACAGAGUUGAAGUCUGUUUUGGAAUACGGGUUUAGCCAGCCGAGUAACGACGGAUCUUAUGGUCGUGGCUUGUAUCUGUCCCCGGAUAAUGCGCUUCGUGAAUGUGUGAAGGAUUCAGCUGCGGACUCAGAAGAAGAUGGGAUGAGAUUCUUACUGCUUUCGAGAGUUAUACUUGGAAAGUCGGAGGUUGUUCCACGAGGCUCGACUCAGUCGUGUCCUAGCUCACCAGAGUUUGAUUCUGGUGUAGAUGAUUUAGCUUCUCCGAAGAAGUAUAUCGUGUGGAGCACACACAUGAACACACACGUCUUGCCUGAGUUUCUUGUCUGCAUCAAAACUCCGUUUAACUUCAACCGUAAGCAAAACCAAAACCAAAACCAAAACCAAAACCAAUCGCCAAGAAGAUUGAGAUCGCCAUGGAUGCCAUUUCCUGUACUGAUCAAAGCAUUAUCGAAGUUCCUACCUCCUUCUCAGAUAUUCAUCAUUCAAAAACACUAUAGAGAUCAGCAAGACAUGAGAAUCUCGCGGAGCGAACUAAUACAACGAGUAAGAAGAGUAACAGGAGACAAACUGCUUGUUCAUAUCAUCAAAACUUUAGGACAUAAAGUACAACAACGUUGAAAACUCCAUUGCCGAGAGAGAUAUCACACAGCAUCACAAAGGAUCAAGACCGGCUCAGAGAUUUGUAUGUGUAAAAAACAUAGAGGAGUCUGCUGCUGUUUGUCUUUUUCCAUGAUAGUGACGAAAUUUUAUUCUUUUUUCAA